CAAAUCUGCCAAUCUAUUUAAAAGAAGUCCUCUUUGAGAAGCAUCCAUAGUUCUCCAAGGUGAUCCCAAUUUAAAUGCUUUAUUAGCAGCAUGUACAGCAAAAUCAAUAUCUGCUACAUCACCUUCUUGUACUUCGGCAAUAAUUUCACCAGUAGUAGGAUUUAUUGUAGGAAAAGUAUUUCCAGAUUUGGAUUUGUGCCACUCAUUGUCGACAAAUAUGCCGGUAUAUAAAAUCGGUGGUUUUGUUUCUGGUGCGGGAAGACUUGCAGUAGAAAAUAAUCGAUAAGCACGAAUUUUACUUACUAAACGAUUCAUUUUUUAAUCCUCUCUGUUUUCCUCUUAAUUCCUCUGUUUUCCAACGGAUACGUUCCUUACCGCUCGAAUAAUUCUACUGUCGUUACUGCAAUAAGAAAUCAAGUGAAUCACAAUGAUUCGGAGAUUAAUAAUGACGAAAAUAGUUGCUUAUCAUUACUUAUAUAAUUGUAUUUUUAUAUUAUUUUUUGAGUAAACUCUAACGUCAUUGAGAUAUGAGACAUAAAAAUAUUAUAUAUUAUUAAAUUAAAUUUUUAUGAAAUUAUUGAUUUAAUCGGAUUCGAAAAUAAGACGAAUUACUAAUUAUUCGAAUUGUGUAAUUAUUGAUAUAAUAAAAAUGAUGGCGAAGAAAAUAAUAUAUUUAUUCUUAAAUUUCUCUCGUUAAAUUAAAGAAAUUUAAAAAAAUAAAAAAGAAGUAUUAAAAAUAACCUUCUUACGUCGAAUAUGAAAUUAAAAAGAAAGCAUUAAAAAUAACCUUGUAUCGUCAAAGAAAUUGAUCACCUAACACUCGUCGACUGUACAUUCUUAAUGAAUGUAUAUUUAUCGUUAAUAGAUGUCUCGCUUUUUUUUAUAUGACUAUUUAAAUUAAAAUAAAAAAUAAUAUAUUUAAAACAUAAUUACUUCUAUUCAUUUAAUUCUUAUGGUAGAAUCGAUAAUUGUAUUAUUCGUUUUUCGUAUCUUUAUAGGUUUUGUAUCUGAUUUUUAUCUGAAUCUCUAUGUUUAAGUCUAUUGAUUGAAUCCAUUUGAAAUCCGUCUUCUUAAAUAACAAUUUUAAAUAUUAGUUUCAUCCUUGUUUUUAUAAUGAUUUACACCAACAAUGAGAGAGAGAGAGAGAGAAAGAGAGAGAGAGAGAGAGAGAGAGAGCAAAGUUUAAUUUAAAAAUUCACUUCUUUCAAAUUUUUUUCUUUGGAAAAAAAAUGUCAUGUUAAAAAAUGGUAUUUCUUCGAGAAUAAUUUGUGCAUAAAUAAAAAGCUUUUUCAAAUAUAUGGAACAUUAUGAUUCUACAUUAAAUCUUCCUCUUUAAAAUAAGGACUUGUUUAUCAAAAUUGGUAAACAAUUAGAAGACUAUUGUUAGAGAUUAUUAUCAUUAUUGGCGUAAAUAAUAUUUACGACAUUGUUCACAAUAAAAAUUUUCUAUUAUAAUACAUCACAAAAUUUGCAGAACAAACAAGUAUAUAUCACCACUACUGAUUAUCAUAUUAUCUUUGAAUGUAUAUAUAUAUACAUUCAAGAGAAUAUAUAUAUAUAUAUUGUUUUUGUAAAGCAGAGAUUACCUGUUUAUUUUAAUAACUGAUAUUCAGAUUUUCUUAACCAUAUCACAGUUUGUACUUGUAGUUCAUAUUUUAUUCAUAUAUGUCGCUAAAGUCGCACAUGCUUCGAGAGAAAAUUGAUGGACGGAUUUAAUUUAUUUUAUAUAUUGAUUCUAUUGUAAUAAUUAACAAAAAUGUUGUCAAGCGUAUUAAAGUCUGUAUUUGGUUACGAUGACUUUAAAAGUGAUAUACAGAAACGUGCCACCAGUGCUAUUUAUGAAGGUUGGAUAUUUCUAUUGUAAACAUGAUGUUUAUGUUUGUAUGCCCACUGGAUCAGGCAAGUCGCUUUGUUUUCAAUUACCAUCUAUAAUGAAAAAAGAUAAAGUUGCAAUUGUAUUUUCACCAUUGUUAGCUCUCAUGAAGAAUCAAGUGGAUUUUUUAGUUAAUAAAAAAAUUAAAGCCGUUUCGUUAAAUUCAAAUACAACUACCAAAGAUAGAAAUGCAAUAAUGAAAGAAUUAUCAUCAAAUUCCCCGCAAAUCAAAUUAUUAUAUGUUACACCUGAAAUGGGAGCGCAGAAGCAUUUUCAAGAACUUAUAAUUAAAUUACAAAAAGCUAAAGCUAUAUCUUAUUUUAUUGUUGAUGAAGCACAUUGUUUAAGCCAAUGGGGUCAUGAUUUUAGACCUAGUUACAGACAAUUAGGUGUAUUUAAAAAACUUUGUCCUGAUGUUCCUAUAAUUGCUUUAACUGCUACAGCUGCAAAAGAGGUAGUAGUUGACAUAUUAAAGACAUUGAACAUGAAAAAUAUACUAAAAUUUUCAAUUCCAGUGUUUCGUCCUAAUCUUUAUUAUGACGUAUGGUUUUUAGAAGUAUUAGAUAAACCAUUUGAUCAUCUUAAAAAUUUCAUUGUGGAAGCUCUUGGUCCAUUAAAUGAUUCUCUACCAAAAGAUAAGAGAAAUUGUGGUAUUAUUUAUUGUAGAAAAAAAGAAGCAACAGAAAUUAUAGCUAAUAAAUUAAAUAUGUUUAAUAUUCCAACAUUGGCAUAUCAUGCUGGUUUAAAAAAUCAAGAACGUAAUGAAGUUCAAAAUAAAUGGACAGUGGGUGAAGUUUCUGUUAUUGCAGCAACAUGCAGUUUUGGAAUGGGUGUUGAUAAACCAACUGUGAGAUUUGUGGUACAUUGGACAGUUCCACAAAAUAUUGCAGCAUAUUAUCAAGAAUCUGGUAGAGCAGGUAGAGAUGGUAAUCCAGCCUUUUGCAGAGUAUAUUUCUCUAACGAAGAAUUUGGAAUUAUUUCAUUUCUAAUAAAGGAAGAACAUUCUCAGAAAAGAACAGAAUUUGCAGAAGUACAAUGGAAGAAUUUUGAAAAAAGUGUUGCAUAUUGUCUAAAGACCAAAUGUCGACAUAGUGUAUUUUCUAAAUACUUCGGAGAUAGUCCACCUGCGUGCAAAAAUCGUUGCGACGUAUGUAAAAAUAAAAAUAUUGUUGAAGCAAGAAUAUCACAAUUUGAAAUGUGUCGGUCACGACCGGAUAGAUAUUCGAAGAAAUCUUCGAGUAACGCAGAUGGUUUUGCAUUUUCUAAAUAUGAUGAUAUGAGCGAGUGUCAAGAAGCUUGCGUUCCAAGAGAAAAAUUAAUUGCCGAUGCUAAACGGGAAACUAAAGAAUUAAUUGAAAAGCAAUUUGCUUUGCGCCGAAAUAACAAUCGUAACGAAGAGGUGAGAAAAAGAAAUAAUGAAGAUGCUAAGCGGUCUAAUGUUCGUGCAGCUGAGAGUACUGAUAUUAAAAUAAAGGGUUUGACUGUGCAGUUACGAGAACAUUUUUAUGAUAAGUUAAAAACAGUCUUACAUGAAAAUUAUAAAUGUGUAUGUAAAAAAUCUGGGAAAGAUUUUCAAGAAAAAGACAUGCAUAAUAUAGCUUAUCAAUUAGAAUACAAUAUGCUCUGUAGUACAAGACUUCUUAACAAGUACAAAUUUGAUAUAUCUAAAUUGAUUUCAUCUAUACGAAUGUGUACUAAUAAUGAUACCACACAUGAAGCAUUAAUAGAAUAUGAUAUUAAUUGUGAAGUUCAAACAACAGCAUCUAAAGCAGUGCCUACGAAUGUAAAUGAUGAUCAAAAUAAAUUAAAAAAUAAUAAUAUUAAAAGAAAUGAAAAAAAUAAACAAUGUAAAAUUAUGUCGUAUUCACAAGACAAAUCAAACAAUAGUUCUCAUGAUAUUGCAUUCAAAACAGCUUUAGAAAUUAAAAAUAGCAAUCAAGUGGAAGUUAGUGAAAACGAUGAGACCAAAAAUUAUAAUGUAACUUAUAUUAACAAUGAAAUUAAAACAAUGAAGACUGUACGUGAAGAAAAAGAAACAAGAAUAAAAGACCAUGAUGUUGCUUUUGUUUCAGCCAGGUUGAUUAAUGAAAACAAUGUUCAAACUGCAAAGGAAAAAAUGUGUAAUGUGCCCAAAACAAGUAUUAAAAAGAAAAAAGUUAAUAAAAAUGUCAAUGCAAAAAGAAAAAUUUAUGAAUAUCUUUUAACUAGUGGAAGUUCCAUCAGUAAAGAUACGACUAAAGACAAUAAAUCAGAAACUUUAAGCAAUAAUGAAAAGCUUAUAAAUGAGGUUAAAGUAUGUAAGGAUAAAAAUAAGCGUUCAGUUAAUGAUUCAUUCGACGAUACUUAUAGUAAGAAAAGAAAAAACUGAAAAUCUAAAUAUAAAAAACAAUUCAAUAAAAAUGGAAAUUUUCGAAAAACUUAAAAGAAACAAAAACAAUAUAAUGGAUAAUAUUUUUACCGUCCUAAAAAAUAA